GCUGCGGCCAUGGUGAAACCAGAGGAAUCCCACACUGUGGAGAAACCGUGGAAGUGUUGCGACUGCGGGAGAGGCUUCCAUGCCCCAUCUGUCCUGGAGAUUCAUCGGCGAAGUCACACCGGGGAGAGGCCAUUCUCCUGCCCCGAGUGCAGGAAAGGCUUUACCUGCUCCUCCCACCUGCUGGACCACCGCCGAGUCCACACUGGGGAGAAGCCAUUCUCCUGCCCUGAGUGUGGGAAGGGCUUCACCUACUCCUCCCACCUGCUGGCCCACCAGCGCAUCCAUGCUGGGGAAAGGCCCUUCCCCUGCUCUGAGUGUGGGAAGUGGGUCCACAUCGGGAAAAGGCCGUUCUUGUGCCCUGAGUGCAGGACGGGCUUCACCCGCUCUUCCACUCUGCUGACCCAUCUGCGGGUCCACACGGGUGAGAAGCCCUUUAGCUGCCCUGAGUGCAGGAUGGCCUUCAGUUGCUGA